AUGGAGAAAUCCAAUUCAACGUGUUUGAAUAAGUUCCCCAAUGGUGCAGAGGUUGCUAAUGUAUGGGCUGGUGAAUUUGAAGAUUUGGAAAAACCAGUCACAGCAUUCAUUCGAUUGACUGAACCCAUAUUUAUUGGAGAUUUAUCACAAGUAGCAUUACCGACCAGGUUCAUUAUCCUUCAUCUUACUCCGAAAUCUGAACCGAGCUAUGCAUCUGAAAUAGGAGGAGCUAUUACAAAUAUGAUGGUUGAUAAGAUUUUCAGCGAAGUUGCAUACAAAGCAAAAUCACGGAAAGACAUUAUACAUGGAUUCGAAGAAUUUUUAGACCAGCUAACAGUAAUUUCGCCAGGUCAAUCGGAUGACGACAUUUGUAUAGAACCACCAACAACAUUACCUCUUCAGGAAAGAAGAAAAUUGCCAUCUAAGGACGAAUACAAUACACAAAUUGACGAUACACUAGUCAGAACCGGGAGAUUUUUUGGAGGUUUAAUCAACGAUGUAAAACGAAAAAUUCCUUUUUACACCAGUGACUUUAAGGAUGGUGUUCACAUACAGAGUAUUGGUACUAUAUUCUACAUGUAUCUAGCUACAUUGACGCUAAACAUUUCAUAUGGAUCUGUAAUGAGUUUUAUGACAGAUUUCCACAUGGGAACGACGGAAUGUCUUUUGGCUGCAGCUUUUGUAAAUAUUGCGUUUGCAUAG